GGUGAAGCCAAUGACAGCUGGGGGGUAAAGAAGGGCGGAAGUGACGUGAGGGUAUCACCAGGCGGGUAAACAGAGUGGAAGCAACAUGGUGGCUUUUUCUUCCUCUCCAUUCUGAUGAAAGGUGGAGUCACAACAGAGGGAAGAGCAAGAAAGAUAGCACAAUGCAGGACGCCUCGGAAGAUGGGGAGCAGAAGGUGACGGCCGGCAUGGAGUCCCUGGCUGUGAAGGAGAAAGAAGAAGAAGAAGAGGGGGAGGAGGAGGAAGAAGGAGAAACGGAGGAGCAGAACCAGAAGGAGGAGGAAGAAGGGGAGGCGGGGGAGAAGGAAGAGGGGGAGGCAGGAGAUGAACAGAACCGGCAGGAUGAGGAGGACGAGGACGAUGAAGACUGGUGCAUCCCAUGCAGCGACGAUGACGUGGAGGAGACUGAAGGGUGGAUGCCGCAGACGGAGGACAUCAAGCGCCUGUACGAGCUGAUCGCCAGCGAGGGGAGCCUCCCACUGCAGGUGGACAUCCUGGCUCGGCGGCCUCCGACUCCGGAGCCGGAUCCCGAGGAUGAGGAGUCUGACCAGGAACAGGAGGAAGAGGAGGAGGAGGAAGAGAGGCCGCAUAUUCCCACCGAGUUUGACUUUGACGAUGAACCGUCCACACCAAAAAAUUCAAUGAUAGACAGAAGGAGAACGCCCGGGCGCUCAGCUCGCAGCCAGAAGAGAGAGGCCAGGCUGGACAAAGUCCUCUCGGACAUGAAACGCCACAAGAAGAUCGAAGAGCAGAUCCUGAAAACGGGCCGCGACCUCUUCGAUAUGGACCCCGACUCUGUACCCACCCCGAAACGCUCCUCCGCCAUCUUUCCCCGACAGCGGAAAUACUGAGCUAGCGGGAGACAUCCGUCUCCGGAUAUAUGUGCAGCAUU